GUAAUAGAAACUAUGGGGAUUCCUUGCUCCCAAGUCCUAAGCUGCUCAAAUGGGAAUUGGAUAGGGAUUCAGAUUUGUCUUGGGACCAAUCACAUUACAUUCCAUUCCAUUUUCUUCUUCUAACGGAUCUGACCCGAACCCGAAUAAUGGUUUCCGCUUCCGAUUUAGACGUGGUUCCGGAUCGGUGCCGCUCCUGCUCCCCUUCUUCCCGGACUCCGAGGCUGGGCCCGAGCCGCCUCUCCAGCUCCCGUAGAUCCCACCCUUCUUCGUGGUAUCGAAGGAAACGAACGAAACUGCUUCUGACGCUUCUUGCGUUGCUUGCUUCCUUUUUCUUCGUCAAUUGGUUCAUGCUUCUCCGCUUACCACACCAACACGAUGCUCCCCAUCCUGUUCCCAAACCUCGACUCCGUUCCUCCGUUUCGCUUCCCCUUCAUGGGAAAUGGAACAAAGUUGGAAAUAGGAAGAAAUCACAGAAGGGGAAUUAUGUAAGGAUGUUGGCAUUGGCUGCUCAUGCCUUAGCAGAGAAUAAGCGUGAACCAAAAGAUUUGUGGCAGGAACCCUUCGUCCCUGCUUCUGCUUGGAGGCCUUGUGCUGAUCAGCGCAAUUGGGAACCUAAUGAGGGAAAAAAUGGAUACAUUUUGAUUACUGCUAAUGGUGGGAUCAAUCAACAAAGAGUAGCGGUUUGUAAUGCUGUUGUUGUGGCCCGGUUGCUCAAUUCAACUCUGGUUAUCCCCAGAUUUAUGUACAGUAGUGUAUGGAGAGAUGUGAGUCAAUUCAGCGAUAUCUAUCAGGAGCAGCAUUUUAUUAACUACUUGACUCCUGAUAUUCGGAUAGUGAGGGAGCUUCCUAAGGACCUACAAUCUUUGGACUUGGAGGCAAUUGGUAGUGUUGUAACAGAUGUUGACAUGGGGAAGGAGGCCAAGCCAAGUUUUUACUUGAAACACAUACUACCUAUUAUACUUAAAAAUCAAGUUGUUCACUUUGUUGGAUUUGGGAAUCGCCUGGCAUUUGAUCCAAUACCAUUUGAGCUGCAGAGACUUCGUUGCAGAUGUAAUUUUCAUGCCCUGCAAUUUGUUCCCAGAAUUCAAGAAACUGGUGCUUUGCUUCUUAAAAGGUUGCGUGAACAUUCCGAUUUUAUUGGACCACUGGACCAUUAUCUUACUGGUCCAUUUGCAGAAUCAAUCAAGGAGAAGAGUGGAAAUAAUACCAAGAAAGCAUCCAAAUACCUGGCUUUGCAUCUCAGAUUUGAAAUUGAUAUGGUAUCUCAUUCUUUGUGUGAAUUUGGGGGAGGUGAAGAAGAGAGGAAAGAAUUGGAAGCAUACCGUGAAAUCCAUUUUCCUGCAUUGGUGCUGCUGAAGAAGACUACAAAGUUACCUUCUCCUUCAGAGCUCAGGUCUGAAGGCCUAUGUCCUUUGACACCUGAAGAAGCCAUCCUUAUGCUUGCUGCCCUUGGUUUUAACCGCAAAACACACAUAUUUGUAGCUGGUUCUAAUUUGUAUGGAGGUCGCUCAAGGUUGGUUGCUUUGACCAGCUUGUACCCUAAAUUAGUCACCAAAGAGAACUUGCUUUCUCCGGCUGAACUUGAACCAUUCGCUAAUUAUUCAUCUCAGUUAGCAGCGCUGGACUUCAUAGGUUGCACUGCUUCAGAUGCAUUUGCCAUGACCGAUUCAGGAAGUCAGCUAUCAUCUUUGGUGUCUGGGUAUCGAAUAUAUUAUGGUGGCGGAAAAAUGCCAACAAUACGUCCAAAUAAACGUAGGCUAGCUAGUAUAUUCAUGAAGAAUUCUACCAUUGAAUGGCGUGUUUUUGAACAGAGAGUUAGAAAAGCAGUUAGGCAAACUAAACAUGUACAGACAAGGCCUAAGGCAAGAAGUGUUUACAGGUAUCCUAGGUGUAAAGCAUGUAUGUGCAGGACAGAUUGAUUUAUUUAUGUAAGCGCGACUGUAAUUGUCUGUUGUAAUUUUUAACAUUGUUGUUCAUUAUUCCAAUUCAAUUUUUUUCCU